UAAGAAAGCCAAGAAGAGAGCAGAUGGCGCCAACUCCAACGUGUUCUCCAUGUUUGAACAGACCCAAAUCCAGGAAUUUAAGGAGGCCUUCACCAUCAUGGAUCAGAACAGGGAUGGCUUCAUUGACAAGAAUGACCUGAGAGACACCUUCGCAGCUCUUGGGCGUGUUAAUGUGAAAAAUGAAGAAAUUGAAGAAAUGAUCAAGGAAGCUCCGGGUCCAAUUAACUUUACUGUGUUUCUGACAAUGUUUGGGGAGAAACUGAAGGGAGCAGAUCCCGAGGAGACCAUCCUCAACGCGUUCAAGGUGUUUGAUCCCGAAGGCAAAGGGGUGCUCAAGGCUUCUUACGUUCAGGAGAUGCUGACCACCCAGGCGGACAGGUUUUCCAAGGAGGAGAUUGAGCAGAUGUUUGCCGCGUUCCCCCCUGAUGUGACUGGCAACUUGGACUACAAGAACCUGGUGCAUAUCAUCACCCACGGGGAAGAGAAGGACUAAGGGGGGACUUUGCCUCCUGACCCUGGGCUUGUCUCCGCGGGAGCAGGGUCCCUGCCCUCAUCUCACUCUGCCUGGCAGCACCGCCAUCCCCGCCCCCAGCUUAUUAGCUGUGUAGCUGCCUCAAUUAUCCACCUUCGUCUUCUUUGCAGCCUGUGGCUGAUACAUACCACUUGGCCACCCAUCCUACAGAUGGAAAUCCAUCCAAAGGCCAAAUUCAAAUAAACAAGAGGUUGUGUAUUUGCUUAUAACAUUUUUCUGACA